AUGAUUCACGUUGCUGCAUGUGGAGAAAUGCCAUUUGUUUCUAAGGUUCAAAGACCUCGGUCUGCUAGAGUGAAGUCAUUGGGUCAGUCACCUAAUAAAUCGUCUAAACUUCCCCAAAGGACGCGUGCCUCUGAGGGCUUUCGGGGCCAAGGAUUCAAGCGUCCCAGACUUUCAUCUGUCUAUGCUGACGCCUGCGCGGAUGUAAAGCCGAGGGAGAACCGUUUCCAUGACGUAUUUUUGCGUUUACGGCGGUCACUCCUUCUCUUUAGGACAGAAAAACCUCUCUUUUAUCAUAAUUCCCCCGGACGUUCAGCCUCAACUACUCAGUUGCAGAGGAAGACCUCACAAACGGUUAGAAGUGGUUAUUCUCCGCAGUGCGGUUACUCUAUUUGCGAGGCUUGUUGUCGAAAAUGCGCUACCCUGGAGGCGAUUUUAGAAGAGGAUGUUGAAGAUGAAGUCUUAUCUACUGAUAUGGAGCAAAUAAUCCAACCGAAGGAAAUUGGCGACAAGACAAAAGUGGGUGAGGCAUGGACCGAUGAGAAGAAGCAGCACGCAAAAUCACCUCACGUGAAAGCAGUGUCAACACGACACCUCCUCUUCUCCUCUGCUGAAUCAGCUUUCCAAUGGCAGGACGAGGAAGGUGGAACGAAUCGUGAUCCAGUGAAGUGCCAACCGAUUGAUCGGAGCCCAGGGUUCCCCCUGCUCGUGGCUAGGCUGUUCUGGAAAUUCCGUGCAUCGAUCGCGGCGAUCGAUGGGGCACCGUCGUUUUGUCAUGGGACGCUGAGAAGUGAUAAAGCCGAUUGA